AUGGACUGGAAAACAUUGGCUGAAGAGAAGAGGGCUUCGGUUCUUGUGUUGAUUCCUCAGGCAUGGAUGUUGCCAUCCCCUAUUCCUCCUCCCAACGAGCAAAGAGAUGUCACGGGCAAUUAUAUUCAGCAGUUUUUGUCCCCUAGAGAAAUCGAGAUCACUGAAACCGAUGCCGUGGGAAUAGUCAACAACACCACCACAGGAAAAUGGAAAGCUCGAGAAGUCAAUUGCCUUCAUGAGAUAUUUUUCGACGCUGCCAUCGCUGAUGCUCAGAAACUGGACGAUUAUUAUGCGAAGCAUGGGAAGCCUGUUGGACCUCUUCAUGGCUUGCCAAUCAGCUUAAAGGAUCAAUUUCAUGUAAAGGGUGUCGAAACAACAAUGGGUUACGUUGGCUGGAUUGGUACUUUCGAAGGCAAGAAGGGCACUGGAAAAGAAAAGGUCUUCGAAAGUGAAAUGGUGAGAGAAUUGCGAGCUGUUGGAGCAAUUCUGUACUGCAAGACGAGUGUGCCUCAUACACUGAUGACUGGAGAGACUGUGAACAACAUCAUCGGCUAUACCUGGAAUCCUAAGAACCGCAACCUUUCCUCCGGUGGAAGCUCGGGUGGCGAGGGUGCUUUAAUCAGUUUGAAAGGAAGCCCAGUUGGCCUAGGCACCGACAUAGGCGGCAGUAUCCGAAUCCCAGCUGCUUUCAACGGACUUUACGGCAUUCGCCCUUCUAGUGGCAGACUUCCAUAUGGGGGCAUGUCCAACAGCAUGGAUGGGCAAAAUACCAUACUUUCAGUUACGGGUCCGCUUGCCACUUCAAUCGGAGCCUUGAGACUGACCAUCAAAGCGGUCCUUAGCCAGAGUCCAUGGCUGCAUGAUCCAUUAGUUGCUGAAAUCCCAUGGCGCGACGAGCAUGAGCAGGCUGUCCUUGAUAUUGUGAAAGGCGGCGGAGGUGGCCGGCUUGCGUUUGCUGUCAUGGAAAGUGAUGGGGUCGUCCAGCCUCAUCCUCCAGUGCGGAGGGCGAUCCACAUUGUGGCCAGCAUGAUUGAGAGACUUGGUCAUAAAAUCAUCGAAUGGAAGCCACCAUCGCACGAGUGGGCUGAUGAAUUAGCUAAUAAAACGUGGAUGUUAGAUGGAGGGACUCAUGUGUACCAAUCCUUAGGGCUCUCCGGUGAGCCCAUGGUCAACCAAAUAUCUGACGCAUAUGGUACCCGCAAACCCGAGUUCACGGCUUCUCAGAUCGCCCAACUCAAUGUUACGAAACGUCAAUUCCAGAAAGAGUACAUGGACUACUGGAAUAGUACCUCCUCCAUCACCGGUACUGGCCGUCCAGUAGACGCGGUUAUCUCUCCACUGGCACCAUUCGCAGCUACUCGACCAGAUAUGUAUUUCUACAAUGGAUUGGCAACUUGGGUCAACCUUCUCGAUUAUAGUGCCGCCAUCCUGCCUGUUACAAAUGUGGAUAAGACUGUUGACACUAUCGAUGAGGGAUAUGUUCCUAUGAGCGAACUGGAUGAGAAAGUGUACAAGAGCUAUGAUCCCGAGAUUUACGAUGGCGCGCACGUUGCUCUUCAGGUGGUUGGUCGGCGAUUCCAAGAGGAGAAGGUGCUUGCUUUGACCGAGGUCCUCAGCGACGCCCUAGGAAAGCAGGCUAUCUGA